AUGUCGAUUGACAGGCGGUUGAUUCAGAAUAUAUGCGUCAACAUCGUCUUCUGGCUCGACGACAAAGAGUUCGUCAGCGACAGUCAGAAACAAACUGAGGCGAUAAGGUCGUUCAUGGGCAAACACCUAAGCGAGCUUAAACGAUCGCUUUGCUUAUGGACAGACCUUGGACGAUUGGUGAUGCCAGCUCACGUGCAAGAGUGGCACGAUCUCUACAGUCGUGCCGAGCGAUCAGAGAUCGGACUCAUCCCCGUCAUUCUCUCCGCCGCGAUGGCUUCUGUCGGCCAGGAAACUUGCCAGACCUUCAUCAGGACCAUCUCUGAGAAGAUGGAAAGCUUCUCAAAGUCCUCUAGCCUGGGCGAGAGAGAGAUCGUGAGCGUCAUCGGUUCACUGUUCGGCCACGGGGCUACUCCCAAGUCGGUUGUGCCGAGCGACUCCCUAAACGUGUCGAUUGAACACGGUCGUCGACUGUCGCUCAGUGAGCAGAUCCUGAACAUUUCCGGCGGCGGAGGAAUGCUGGACUCACCAAAUCGUCGCGCACCAUGCUCGCGCUGCACUGAGCUUGAGCAGAAGCUCUAUAUCAAGAAUAAUUGCCUGAGAGACGCAGAGCGCUACAACGAAGAGCUUCUGCAGGGUCGCGAGAAGGCGGAUAAAAGCUACGCGAAUCUUCAGGAGCGGAUUGAGAAGCAGACUUGGCAGCUCGCGAAAAUCUCCGAUUACGAGUCUCUUCAAAAAGACAACACUCGUCUGUGUCAGGAGAACAGCCGCCUCCAGGAAGAUACCGCUAAAUUGAAGAAGCUUAGGACGGAAAACGAAGUCCUGCGACUUCGUGUUUCGCAGCUCAUCGAAAAAGUGAACGAUGGGGUGGUCGAGAAGUCGAAGCUGGAGGCGACCAUUCAUGAGCUCAACGAAGGCGUUAAGUGCAGAGACUCGGCGUACUGCGCUCUCGAAUCGCAGAUGGAUGAGCUAAAAGAAGCUUACUACCAGCUUCAAAAUGAGCACGUGACGCUCAAGCAAAUGCUAGAGGAGAACUCCGCCUCUAGCGAACGGCAAAAUACCUCUGAGAUAGAGCAGAGAAGCUUCGAAAGCCCCAGCUUCUCAGGUUCCUUGCCUUUGCAACAGCAUGUGAACGAGGAAGAGUCCAUUCAACUGCAGUUUUUGAAAAAUGACUUGCAGGAGAAGGAGGAAGAGCUCAACGCACUUCACCAGCGCUUCUCCGAAUGCUCCAAAAAGCUUGCAGCUCUCGAAUCCGUCGAUCUCAUUUCCAAGCAAAAAGAUGACCUCCUUCAAAACCUAGAGCAGCAGAAAAAACAGCUACAGCUGCGUGUUUCAACGCUCGUAAGCGAAGCUGACGAGCAACAGCAUCGACAGAGCGAAGCCAGCCUUGAGUACAUGACGUCACUUAAGGUUGUUCGAGCUGAAUUGAGCGCGGCACAAGCUGAGUUAAAAACCGCCAAAGCGAAUGUGGCCAUCUUGAGCGAGGAGAAGAGCGCACUCAUCGAAAGCUUGGAUCUUCAAAAGCAGGAUAAUGUUUCUCUGCCAGGGCUCGAAAACAUGGAUGAAUCUUGGAACGACAAACUCGCUGCGAAAGAAGCAUCCUUUGAUGAGUUGCAGGAAGCGUUGCAAGCCGCAAAAGAAAGUCUUGAGGUGAAGCUAGACGAGUGCGACGAGAAUGAGAAAACUAUUCAUCGACUGACCGCGAAAGUAGAUCGUGAAAUAGAGCAGCGACAAGCGACAACGCAAGAGUCGGAGAAGUACAAAGAAGCACUCGAGAGCAGUCGCACUGCCUGUCGAGAGAGUUGCGCCCGUGAGGAAGCUCUGAAGAAAGAAUGUAAUCUCGCGGAAGAAAUGAUAAAGGCACUGGAAGAGAAAAUUACAGAAAUGAGUUCGAACGAAGAGAAGCAGAAUCAGGUUCUACUGUGCGCAAGAAAGGAGCUCGCUGAAGAAUUAGAGACUCGCAGAAGGAGUGAAACGGCGUUGAAAGAAAAGACGAUCGAGCUUGAAGCUGUCAACUCGAAAAUCGUUCUUUUGAAAGGAGAGCAUGAUGAGAUUGUUGCUCAGAGAAUCGAAGAAGCGGAAUCUGCAAAACAGCUUUUGAAUAAAGACUUGCAUGAGAAAGAGGAUGAGCUCAAUACUCUCAAACAGCGCUUCUCCGAAUGCUCCAAGAAGUUUGAAGCUGCUAACUUGGAGCUAGUUCUUUUGAAAGACGAGAACGAGAAGAUCAUUGCUCACAGAAUCGAGAAUGCAGAAUCUUCAAAAGAGCGAGAGAGUGUCUGGGCUGUGGAAAAAUGUGCCUUCGAAACGAAAAUUGAGCAGAAAGAGAAAGAGAUAGAUGCGAUACAGAAUCAGUUCCGAAAAAUGCGAGAGGACAUGACGACUAAACUUAGAAAGAAAGACGAUACGAUCAAGGCGCAGACGAAAGAGCUUCUCGAAGAAGUAAAUAAUAGAAAUAUCGUCACGGAAAAAUAUAACGCCUUGAAAACUAAAAUGCGCGAGUCGGAGAAUGCUCUUCUAAUUUCUAAAAAGUCUGAAGAUCAAAUAAAGGCACUUGGACGGGAUCUUGCGCUCAAGAAUAGAGAGCUCGUGGAGAAAACGGACGAGCUAAAGCGAUCAAUUGAAAAGAACGAAAAACUUAUCCGAGAUAAGCAACUGCUGAGUAAAAAUAAUGAAGAGUUCUCUGCGCGGAUCAAGGAGUUAGAAGCAACUGUGAAAAGCUCCGAGAAACGAGAGUCGAUGAAUGCCGAGAAAAACAAGCAGCUAGAGAAGACCAUAAGUGAUCUUCAGAAAUAUCAGCAACAGACUGAAGUGGAAGAAGACUCCGACGAAUUCAACGGUUCGAUCCAGUCGUCUCAGUUCGAUAGAUCAAAGCUUCCACUUCCGAAAGAGUCGAUAUUAUCAGAAGCAGCUCUUCUUAGGCACAACGCAGAAAAUAUUUCUUGGCUUAGUAAUCCGUUCCAAAGGAAACUCGGGCAGCCGUUUUCUACGCCGAUCCAGACUCCCGGUCGUCUGGCCUUAAAUGUCUGCGAGGAUGAGGAUGACGACGACCAUGUCCAACAAGCGCUUUUCCGAAACUCGCGUAUCACCAACGUCCUUGCGAAAGACGAAGACGAGGCAAGCUCGUCGGCACACGAUCAAAAAUCGGAUCAAGCAUCAUCGUCAUCGUCAUCGACGAAGUCGUCUUCAGCUGAGAAAGAGAACGAGUUCGUUUACAAAAGUCGAGGCAGUUCAUUCAUUUCUCAACGAAACAAACUCCAGCCGGCUCAUCUCCGCUCAUCCUAUCCAGUAGAACAAGAGAGCACGCCCUCGAAAAAUACAACUCUAGAAAGACGAGAAGCCUUCAAGAAGCCUAAGACUAAGCGUCGUAGUUCGGUGAAAGAACUUGGAGUCUCUAUUCGAAAGCGAUUCCGGCGCUCUGAGAAAAAUGACUAA